AGGGGGCGGCGCGAUGGGAGAAACUACGCUGUCAAACUACGACUCCCAGAAGGCCCCUGGCUGCGCGUCGUCCGCGCGUGCGCAUUCCGACAGCCGGCCCCAGGGAGGCAGGUGCUGGAAGAUUUAACCCCGGAGCCACAUUUGUGGGAGGCGCGGGCGGGCGCCGGUGCGGGCGUAGCCCCCUGCGUGCCCAGCAGCCUCCACCUGCCUAGUGACCAUGAUAGUGUUCGUCAGGUUCAACUCCAGCCAUGGUUUCCCAGUGGAGGUCGAUUCUGAAACCAGCAUCUUCCAGCUCAAGGAGGUGGUUGCUAAGCGACAGGGGGCCCCGGUUGACCAGUUGCGUGUGAUUUUCGCUGGGAAGGAGCUUAGGAAUGACUUGACAGUGCAGAGCUGUGACCUGGAUCAGCAGAGCAUCAUUCACGUUGUGCAGAGACCCUGGAGCAAAAGCCAAGAAAGGGAGGUCCCUGGAGGAGAUGGCCCACGGAAGGCAGUGGAGGGCUCAGACAGAGAGCCUGAGAGCUUAACGCGUGUGGACCUCAGCAGCUCUGUCCUCCCAGCCCACUCGGUGGGUCUAGCUGUGAUCCUGAGCGACGACUCUGAGAGGGUUCUGCCAGCCAGAAGACCAGCCGGUAGACGAACCUACAACAGCUUUUAUGUUUACUGCAAAGGCCCCUGUCAAAGAAUACAGCCAGGAAAACUGAGGGUGCAGUGCAGCACCUGCCAGCAGGCAACGCUCACCUUGGCCCAGGGUCCAUCUUGCUGGGACGAUGUCCUAAUCCCAAACCGGAUGACUGGUGAAUGCCAUUCGGCAAACUGCCCUGGGACUACAGCCGAGUUUUUCUUCAAAUGUGGAGCACACCCGACCUCUGACAAGGAAACGUCCGUAGCUUUGAACCUGAUCACAACAAACAGUCGAGACAUCACCUGCAUAACGUGCACCGACAUCAGGAGCCCUGUCCUGGUUUUUCAGUGCAACCACCGCCAUGUGAUUUGCUUAGACUGUUUCUACUUGUACUGUGUGACAAGACUAAAUGACAGACAGUUUAUCUAUGACCCUCAGCUUGGCUACUCUCUGCCUUGUGUGGCUGGCUGCCCCAACUCCUUGAUUAAAGAGCUCCAUCACUUCAGGAUUCUUGGAGAAGAGCAGUACAACCGAUACCAGCAAUAUGGUGCUGAAGAGUGUGUGUUACAGAUGGGGGGCGUGUUGUGCCCCAGCCCUGGUUGUGGAGCUGGACUGCUUCCCGAGCCAGGCGUGAGGAAGGUCACUUGUGAAGGGAGUAAUGAUCUUGGCUGUGGGUUCAUCUUUUGCCGGGAAUGUAAGGAAGAGUACCAUGAAGGCGAAUGCAGCACCCUAUUUGAAGCCUCAGGGGCAGUGACUCAGGCCUACAAAGUUGAUGAGAAGGCAGCAGAGCAAGCUCGGUGGGAAGAGGCCUCCAAAGAGACAAUCAAGAAAACCACCAAGCCCUGUCCCCGUUGCCAUGUGCCCGUUGAAAAAAAUGGAGGAUGCAUGCACAUGAAGUGCCCACAGCCCCAGUGCCAGCUGGAGUGGUGCUGGACCUGCAGCUGUGAGUGGAACCGGACCUGCAUGGGGGACCACUGGUUCGACGUGUAGCCCUGCGAGCGGGCGCCCCACCGCCAGCCAACUUGGAAAUGUACAGAGUCCCACAAUUUGCUGCUCUUUCUCCAAACUCUCUCUCUUUCUCUCCCCCCCUCCGCCACAUGCACACACACACACACACAGAGACACGCACGCACCCCUCAAAUCCCUUCCCAAUCCACAAAAACAAAGUUACAGGAGAAGCUCCUGGAUCCCUUCCUUGGUGCUCAUGAAAAGCAGCGCGAAGUAUUCUCAGGCGUCAGCCCUCAAUACACAGACCCCAGAGCGCAGAUGGAAAGUGCACUCCACCUUUUGUAUGGAUUGCCAUUCUCCUGUGAAUUCCAGUCAGGCUGGAUUUAAGGACAGAAAGAUUUCUCAGGUUUCAUUUCCUGCAUUUGACCUUCAGCGAAGAUUGGGAAGAGGCCAUCAGGGACGAAAUAGAUUGGAGAGACCGGUUUCGGGGGUUCUCUGUAAAACCGAGGGCAACGGGUUCGACAACCCUAUUCCUGAUUUUAGGAGCAAUGCUCUUAUUUAAAUUUUCAGAGAGUAUCUGUUCCCAAAGAGAACCCCAGGCAAUAGUCAAACUCUGUGUUUAUCCCUAAGGAUUCUACCUUUAUAUAUUGCAUCGGUGUAAUAUCAACUAUGCAUAAAUCAGCUUGUCAACUAGUGAGAAAUUAUGAAAGUUAAUUUGAAUGUUGAAAUUAUAGAAAUCAAAACUUCGUGUGCUUUCAUUCCAUUUAAUUAUUUGAGACCUCAGAAAGAAAUUGUUUUUCUGAAAGUAUUACAAAGUCUAUAAUUUGAUUUUAAACCUUCAUUUUGCAGCUUGGAAGAACAAGCUAGUAUAUCUGGCUUCACUGUACAUUUAAUGGGUAAGGUGCCUAUAGAGGAGACGUUUUUGGAAAUGGCUUUAUAAUGAUUCUCAACGUUAACAAAAGUGCAGGGUGUUAAGUGCAGAAGUCUUUAAAGCAGGAGCAUGGCGAGGGCUGGCAAAAUGAAACCAAGACCGAUUCUAUCCCAGGGGGGUCAGUGCUCUUUCUGCACCUGCUCUGUCCCCCAUCUGCAUGCCCCAGGGGCUCUGCUCCCUGAAUGGGUUCCUCCAAGAGGAGCUCUUCUCUAGAACAGUGGAGUCACACUAGAAUAUUUCCUCACAUUGACAUGGAUUCAAAUGGAGUGUUCACCAAGUUUUCAUCUUUUUUUUUUUUUUUAGACAUUCACAACACAUCAAAAAAAGAUGUGUUUACACUAUGCAGCAAACCUCAUCUUCUUAUAGCACAGUGUACAGAUGAAAACCUAUAACCACCAUCUUCUGUUCUCAUUGUCUGUCUUUUCGGGGCUUCUCUUUGUAGACAUAGCACCAGAAAUCCUUGCUGGGGAAGGAGAGGUAAGGACCUUAGAAUAUUGCCUGAGAAUGUCUGUCCCUCUAUCCCUAACCAUUCUUCUAGGCUCUGUUUAGAAAAUCCAGACUCAUGUCAGGAAGCCUUAAAGAUCAUAGCAAGGGAACGGAGAGCCAAUAUCUGAGCAUUACUGACAAUCCCAGCAAAUAGCUUCUGACACUGACCUGACAGGACAAAUCAGAUGGCUCCCUGCCAUAUGGAACACCCACUAUUUUAUAUUCAGUAUAACUUUUGGGUUUAGUGAUGCUGUCGUGAUUGCUUCCCUCCAAACCGGCAUGUUGUGUUGGGUGCGUGAAACCCAAACAAGGUUUGCUCUCAUGGGUUCAGGCAUGAUAGAAAUUUCUGGGGCUCUCUGCUCCUUUCCUGGUGGUGGUCUUUUUUCUUUUCUUUUCUUUUCUUUUCUUUUCUUUUCUUUUCUUUUCUUUUCUUUUCUUUUCUUUCUUUUCUUUUUUUCUUUUCUUUUCUUUUCUUUUCUUUUCUUUUUUUCUUUUUUCUUUUCUUUUCUUCUCUUUUCUUUCUUUUCUUUUCUUUUUUCAGACUAGAACACUGAAACAAGUUAAGAAAAAAACAGCCUCUGUAAAUGAAUGGGAAUCACAAACCACUAUAAAUGAACACGUUUGAACAUGAAAUGUGUAACCAAAUGUGAAUAUAUCAAAAGAAUAGAAAUAAAAUCUUUGCAGAAAAAUCUUUAUUUUUCUCUGAAAUGUGUAAAGGAAUAUUUGACAACUAUGUCUAAGGCUGUACUCAAAUUAUCAAUAAAAGCAUCAAAAGAG